AAAAAGACCUAAACAUAACCUCUAAUUUUGUUUAGAUUUUAAAAAUUGACAAAAUUUCUAUUGUUAUUUUUUUAUGAGAAAGUCUGAAUAGAAUAUUCAAAAAUGAGUGGUGGCCCAGAAAUUAGUGAAGCUGAUCAAAUUAAAACUUUUAAAGACUUCCUUGUACAGUACAACAAACUAUCAGAGAUGUGCUUUAAUGACUGUGUGCAUGAUUUCACAUCUAGAACUUUGAGGCCUACUGAAGACAAAUGCACAUUAAAUUGCAUGGAAAAAUAUUUGAGAAUGAACCAGAGAGUCUCACAGCGAUUCCAUGAAUUCCAAAUGAUUGCCAAUGAGAACAUGCUAGCACUAGCACAAAAAUCUGGUAAUCCCAGUUAAGUGUUUAAUUAUUUAUUUUAAUG